CGCAUGUUUUGUAUCCUACUCUGCAAAGCUGACUGACUGAGACUUUCUGAGAACUGCUAAGGUGCCGGUGUCUCUCUGAAUGUGGAUGUAAUGAUGCCCGUUUGCCACCUCCUUGCAUCUGUACAUUGAUUGCAUGACUCAGGGAUGUCUCGUCCCACUCCACCCCCCAUCUACACCCUGAGGGGGGCUGGCGGGCCCCUCAACACCCUCCACUUUAGCUGCCGUGGGGGGGGCACUCCCCUCCUAUUUUCCGGAUCAGGGAAGGGUGCCAUCCAUAUCUGGAACCUGAACAGCAGGAGGGCUGAGAAGAUUGUAGAAGGUCAUUCUGGUAGCUCGGUCACCUGGGUCAGCACGCUGCAGUCGACAGAUGCCCUCAUCAGUCAGGGACGGGACAUGCAGGUCUGUCUGUGGGACCUGAGAGAAGGCCGUAGUGAGGUGGUGGACUCUGUGUGGACCGGCAGCGUUGGAUUCUGUCAGUGCUCCCUGCUGGAGACGAGUCCCGGAAAGUACCUGCUGGCCUUUGCUGGGCAACAGACAGAGGAGAUCAAGAUUGUUGAGCUGCCCAGUAAGACCCCAGUCUGCACCCUGGUACCAGACACAAAGCUGGGGAUGGUCAUGUGCGUCAAACUGUGGCAGCCAGACCCGGGUCCCGGGCCUCUCCUGUUGGCUGGAUACGAGGACGGCUCCCUGUUGCUGUGGGACGUAACCCAGAGGUCCAAGCUGAGCCAAGCCAAAGCCCACCCUGAACCUGUCAUGUGCCUGACCUUUGACACCAAGCGUCUGAGGGGCAUAUCGGGCUCCUCUGAGAAGACACUCUCCUCCUGGAUGCUGGACAGACAGAACAACCUGCAGCUCCAGGACUGUGUGACGUUGGUCAACCCUGGGGCUUCCCAGCUGUGUGUCAGGGAAGACGGUAAGCUCCUGGCGUCAGCGGGCUGGGACCAUCGGGUGCGGUUAUUCGGCUGGAAGAAGCUGCGACCCCUGGCAGUGCUUCAGUACCACACUGACAUGGUGCUAAGCGUGGCCUUCUCGGACCACCAGGACCCCAGACAGAGACUGCUGGCUGCUGGGUCCAAGGACCAGAGGAUCAGCCUGUGGUCAAUAUACAACGAGGGAGCCGACACUGGCUGAAGCUCUGAGCUCUGGGAAGAUAUACAGACUUUUACUCAGUACUGAAUCAACUCCUCUCUAAAACAUUUUUAUGACCAAAACUGAACAUUAUAACCUUCAGGAAGGUUUUAAUAGGAUUUCUUUAUUUUUCCACAUAAUUCAAUAUUUACUUUUGCAUACAGAUGUAACCUGAUGCCGUGCUCUGUGCUGACUUAUCUGAUGGGAGAUUUGCUCCAGUGAACCUGAAUUUGAGGAAUAGAACGCACCUGAGCGGCUAUAUAAUCCUGUGUUGUUCUAAUAGCAGGUCGAAGCUUAACACACAGGUCCCUGCAGCCUGACCUGAGCUGUGUUUGUCAAACAAGGUUAAUCACAGCAGGAUAGAAAGAUGUUGGUUUAGCAAAGGUGCUGGUGUGCAGUUGUUCUCCUUGGUCAGCAAGUCAUCUGCUUAUGAGCUGAUUUAUUUUCCUACUUAGUACAGCUUCUUUGCAACUCAAAAAGAUGAGAAAAACUUAAAUAACAUGCUUCUAACCAUCAAGCUGAAGAAUGGUAAAGAAGUGAAGUAAAAAUUUUAUUUCAACAUUCUUUGUAAAUGAGUAGUCAGACUAUGAAUAACUUCUACCUUCAUGUUACAUGUAGUGCUAAAUACAGAUGUCUUUUUUUAAAAAUACUGACAUUUGUCAAGAAGAAGGCCAGAGGUCUUGUUGUGAAAGUCCCAAAGAAAAUAGAGAGGUGUUGUUUUUCUGUC